CACAACUCUUCACUCCUGCCAUCGAUCCACCUCUCUCGCCAUCUCUCUCGCGCCCUCUGUCUGUCUACCAACUCUCACUGCCUGCCUGUGCAUUCAAACGAUCUGUCGAAGCAUUCUGAGAUACUCAUCUGCAAGUGAUUCGGAGCCCACAACAGCAAUCAUCGCAGCGUCCUAGAGUUACCGAUCAUCAUCCGUUCAUCCGUUUCCCCAGCUCAAGUCGUCCAGUCCUGUUUCGUGAAUUUGGUCAUCUCUCCUGCUUGGCGAUUCCAAAUUCUUUUGUUUCCACCUCUUGUCUCUCUACUACUAUCUGCUCUACUCUCUACUACUCUCGUGCGUGUAAAAGCGAAGCGAAUCCCAGCGUAAUCUGAAGCGUUGUGUGCUGUCGAGACUGCAUCCGUUCGAGGACCGAAGACCGAAUCGUACCGAGUUCAUCCCUUACAUCUCACGCGACGACGAUCUCCUCGACCUCAAGCGUCUUGAUUGCCACCUUUCUCACCUAAACUCGAUUCUCCGGAGUUCUACAUAUCUACAGCGAAAAUGAUGUCCGCAAACGAACUCUUCUAUGGAGAUCAGGAGCCCGUGUUCGUUGUUGACACCGCCGCAUACCCCGUCCGCCGGGGCCGCGUAUCGAGCUACGUGGAACCGGCCGACAAGUAUUACCGUGGUCACCCAGAGUCGGCAGGCUACUACCGAGGUAACUCCCGCAGCCGAUACUCGGACUACUACGGCGGUGAAACGCGACGCACGGACUACGGUGCUUACGCCGUAGGCGACAGGUACUCAAACGACUACUACAGACGGUCGUCGCCCGGCAGGUACUACGACACCGAUGCUUACAGUGAUUCUUACACCACUCCGGGUGCCUACUAUCCGGCGGCGGCGCCCGCAUACGCCCCUACCCACACCCCGUACGAAUACGACGCUACUUUCUACGACUCCAGGCCCAACGAAUACUACGAAUAUCGGAAGCCCUCGACCGUGGUGUUGAAAGUUCCGAUCUGCUGCGAAUCGUGCUCGGAGGAGGCGAAGAACGCCCUAUUCGAGCUCAAGGGUGUCCGAUCUGUGUACUGCGACGUGCGCAAAGAAAUGAUCACUGUCACCGGAACUGCUGCCCCGGCAGAUGUCCUACAGGUUGUGCGGAAGUUGCAUAAGAAGUCCCGAUUCUGGGGAGACGACGACUACUGAAUGUAAUCGCGGACUUUUUGUAAAUAAGCGCUCUUCCGAGUUUCUUGUACAGGAGAUGAUGUAGGACUUGUGCCAGCCAGGGCCAGCAGCAUCCGAGCGAUUUUGGUCACAUUGACGCAGCUCCACGGGUAGAUGCCGCUGUGCAGUCGACACUUAUUCAAUCAUUCUUUUUUCGUUUGCCAGCUUUUUAGGACGUCCAAAGUGCAUCAGGCCGUAGUGUAGGUAGAGUAGCCUGUUGAUUACUAGUCGUUAGCUUUGCGCACCCCUACGUGGGUCAGGCCAUCGCACCAUGAUUCUCCCAGCCGGAUCAGAUCCGCUCGGUGCAGCACGCUAUUUUUUACAGUAGGAGCGACGGUCUCCCGACUGAUCGAUGGAACGGCAGCAGCUUCUGAGGCGAGUCGCCAGCUUGUCCCCACUCGCGCGCUCUCUCUCUCACUCUCUCUUUCGAUAUUCAACGUGACAAAGCCUGUGAGGAGACAGACAGAUUCGCCGAAAACUGAGAGGAUGGAAGGCAGUGAUGCAUCUUACGAGCUUGGGUUCGGCUUUGUCGGCCCGAAAUUGUACCUCGAGGUCUUGAGGAUGGAGGCAACAUUCGGCGGAAAGAGAGCGAGGGCGAGAGGCGGAGAGGGAGCAUGCGGACGACACGUCUCGUCGAGCUUGCUCGUCGUCUUCAUCAACAAUUUUGUAGAGAGUUUCAUCAGAUAGGCCAGUGAUUUCUUUCGGGAAUUUAGGAUGAUGAUUCAGGUGAUAGAGAUCCACAUUGGCCUAUCCCUGUGCACGCGGGGCGUGUGACAAAAAACUAUCCUAGUUGUUAAUAAAACGUCUGAUGCACCCCAAA